CUGAUUAGCCACCAACUCAUUUGCACAGGUGAAUUUUAAUUAAAUCAAUUAAGCUUUAUAGCUAAAACUUAAGGCAUUUGGAUAAAAGUUAAACAACGUCACUGCUUGUUCAAUUGGAGUGCUUGUCAGAGCUUUUCAUCAUGUCUAGUCGCGGUAAGAAGAUCGUCGCUGCACCAAAGACCAAGUCGUCCGUGUCGCGCUCCUCCCGCGCGGGCCUUCAGUUCCCUGUUGGCCGCAUCGCGCGUCUCCUGCGGAAGGGAAACUACGCGGCGCGCAUCGGCUCCGGAGCAGCGGUGUAUCUAACGGCGGUUAUCGAGUAUCUGUGCGCGGAGGUGCUGGAGCUGGCGGGAAACGCAAGCCGCGACAACAAGAAGCUGCGCAUCGCGCCGCGUCACAUCCAGUUGGCGGUGCGCAACGACGAAGAGCUGAACACCCUGCUGGGCGGCGUCACGAUCUCAGAGGGCGGCGUGCUGCCCAAUAUCCAGGCGCAGCUGCUGCCCAAGAAGACCAAAGGUUCGCGGGACCCGAACACCAGUAAAGAAGUCCAAUCACAGGACUUCUGACGCUCCGACUCUUAUUUUUAUUUCUCUUAAACACUUGACUGGUUUUAAUCUUAAUAAAAAAAAAAAUAUUUGUCUACCUA